UUUAUCUUGAUGAUUUCUCUCUUCCUCUGAUAAAAAAUUACUCAUUUGGUGUUGUUUUGUAUAAUCUUGACAACAAAAUCUCUUACAUUUCAACGUCAACUGUCUAGACAAAAGCUUGGAUUUGUCAUUUGUGUCAGGUGAAUUAAUGGAUAGUUACUGGAGAUUGAAAAACUUGGUGAAUGAUUUUCCGGUUAGCCGACAAGGAUCGAUAUACUCAUGGACAGUAGAUCAGUUUCAGACCAGCUUAGGGAAAAAUUGUGGGUCAAUGAACAUGCAUGAGUUGGUUAAGAAUAUAUCUAGUGCUGAAGAAACACAAGAGGGGUUGAAGAGACAAGGCCCAAUAUCUCUGCCUCGAACACUUAGCCAAAAAACUGUUGCUGAAGUUUGGAAAUUCACACAAGAAGACAACACCACGAACAAUGGAGUAACUAAGGUUCCUGAUCAUCUUCAGAGGCAACAAACCUUAGGGGACAUCACUCUUGAAGAGUUUUUAUCUCGUUCUGGAGCAAAAGUAAAUAAUAGGAACACAGGUUUGGGUGUUCAGUUCCAGCCGAAAGCAAUGGUUUCUGAUUUUACGAACAAUAUAGUUCCAAGGAGUCAUGAUUCUAAUAUGCAUCAAAAUGUGAAUGGGUCUAUGUCAACGUAUCAACCGCAACAAUGUAUCAUGUCUAAGCCGAAUGGUUAUUCAUAUGGAGGACAACAAAUCCGAAUCUCGAAUGGUGUCACGGGCUUUAUCGACCAAACUGUGCAAGCUGAGAAGAGAAGCUUGGUCCCAAGAGUUGCGACAAAUCCUAGUGGAGCCAUAGCAUGUUCUUCGGUUAACCCAUUUCCAAUAUUAAAUAAGAUGCAAAAAAUCGAUGGCACGUCGUCAUUACUGUCACCAUCUCCGAACAUUUUUAGUGGUAGUACUAGUACUACGAGGGGUAUGAAGAUUGAUAAUGCCAUCGCCGCAGAUAAUAAAAUCGCUGACAAAAAACUGAAAAGAAAGAUAAAGAACCGAGAAUCAGCAGCGAGAUCACGGGCUCGGAAGCAGGCUAAAACUAUGGAGCUUGAACUUGAACUUGGAAAUUUAAAGAAGAAAUACCAAGAGCUACUAAAAGAACAAGUAGAUAUGCGGAAAAUGCAAACCGAACCGGGAAUGAUUCAACAACUUCAAGGAAGACCGGAGAGAAGGCUGAGGAGAACGAAAUCGGACAUUAUGUGA